AUGCACAGCGAGAGUCUGUUGACCAGGCAGCGGGGCGUCCCAAGCAACCUGCAGCGGACCCUGAUGCAGCAGUACGAGGAGGCGACUGGCGGGCUGUCCAAGAUGAGCACACACAGCGACCGAGGGUUGCUUCUAACAGGUCCCCCGCAGGAGGAGACCGAGGGCGAGAGAGAUGGGGGGGAGCAGCACAAGACGGAACGGGAACUGUCCCUGGAGCGAAAGGUAUCGGCGGAACGGAAGGAGUCCAUGGAGGGGAAGGUAUCGACGGAACGGAAGAUUACAAGGGGUAAGAGACAGCACUCGGCCCGGGCGUUAGCGGCGGAGAUGUCGGACACUGACACGUCCGAUGCGGAGGCAAGUGCUACAACGUCUAUGUCUUCCUGGGGUUUCGGUUUACGUCGGCGUGUGUUGAACAGCGUAUUACCGAUUUCGCCGGCCGAUGGAAUGCUGUUACACGCGUCUGUAGAUUGGUGGCCAUUGAAAUUUCGCGACCCUAAGGUCGAAGGUGAGUUCCAGCGGAGCUGUUACAUGGAUAUUCUGCGGGUGCAUCACCUGGUAGUGAUAUCUUGCUGGGUCGUUGCUGGCACCAUCCUUUUGGGUUUCGGUUAUUCCUUGCUAAUUAACUUGCCCAGUCUGAUUCUCAGGACCGUCGAGAUCGCUGUGCUCCAAAUUUCUCUUGGCGUGGUCGUGAUCCGAUACAACAGAUCCGAGUUCAACGUAGGCAUGUUCGCAGUCAUCUGCUGCGUCCUCGUCUUGCAAUAUUUGCAGUCCCUCACUUUGCCAUCUACCGUGGUGGCAACGGGAGAACACGGCUUGACUACCGCACACGUGUGGUCGAGCAAAGGUAGCUACUACUUUGACAGCGACGCGGCGGGAAAGACGUCGCCGUUUGAAGUAAGGGAAGCCAACACCUUCAAGUACGCUAACAUAGGCUCCACUUGGGUCAUAUUCUACAGUCUUACUUUGAUUAAUAACGCCCUCGGUUACACCCAGGCCCAUGCAGUCAAUUACAACUUCAUGUUCUGGAUCUUCUACUUGAAAAUGAGGAUCGUCACAGCUCGAUUGGACAUUCGCCGUGAACGACUGUUUCAUGUGGAGCAAAUCGCCGCAUUCAUGGGACAGGCAGUGUACAGCAUGGCGACGUGUGCGGGACAGUAUGUCCAGGAACUGACGGCUCGACUCGUUUACAGCAAAGAAGUAAACGCGAUGGAGCGGGUAGAGCGGUACCUUAAACCGGCUUCCUACGUCCGCUCUUCUAUCAGGAACAAGUCUUCGGCAGAAACUUUGUUAGACCAAUUAAGAAGUGUUCGUACACUGGUUGAAACUUGUCGUCGAGAGUUUGCGGACAGGAAACGUAUUCUUGCCAAGGUUGAAAAGAUAGGCCACAGUAUCCAACGCUGCGAGGAUCUCAUGCGAGCCGGUGUCAUGGAAUUCGGCCAAAUACAGGUCGACCAUCUCCCGGAAGCUGAGAGACACGCCAUCGAAGCUCUUAGAGACAGACCAAGGCGGGUUCAAGAAGACGAAGUCUCAUACCCUCCACGGGACCAAACAAUUGACCAGGCUACUAUCAAUCUUAAACAGCUUCUUCUCCCAGAACUUCAGACAAUAAUCCACUUCUCCUGGAAUCCCGAACAUUGUCUCCAAUUCUGCCAAAGUCCACAUACGGCGUCCCUCUUCGACAACUAUCCCACCUCUCCAACAGUCCAGCCGCGACUGGCCACCGGCCGGCUCCAGCAAACUAUUACACCGCCAUCAAAAAUUGAACCGUCAAAAACCCUACAAGCAAACACGGAACUGCCAGGAACCGGAAACCCAGGAACCGGAAACCCAGGAACCGGACAGUUAGAGACCGGACAGUCAGAGACCGGACAGUCAGAGAUGGGACAACCAGAGACCGGACAGCCAGAGAUGGGACAACCAGAGACCGGACAGUCAGAGAUGGGACAGCCGGCGAUGGUUUUGGUUGAGUCAAUUCGGGCCCUUUGCGCAGCAUUCCCAGAUCUUACUGAAUUGGUUGUGCCAUUCUGCCAGCUCGGACUGUGUAUGGAAGCAGCCACCCCUCAGAAUCCCUAUUCUAAUGCCAACACUGCGUCUAUCAGUACGAGGAUCUUGGUAUGGCUUCUUAAGCGGUUUAAAGUUUUGCAGCAUUUGUCUACCACGGAAUUGUUGACGAUCCUGAUUGUCUCCCUGGGACGAUUUGUUGGGAGUCCUGGUAUCUUUUCGGACUCGUUCUUAUGGUCGUCAAACAACAGAUUAAGUCUUUUGUAUAAUGAUAAAGAUGUGCAAUCUGGAUAUGUUGGAUUUAUUAUCCAUCGGUUAUUGCAAAUGGAUGGGUGUAAUCCAUUUAGCAGAAUAUCAUUGAACGACAAAGAUGAUAAUGUCACAAGUGUGUUGGAAUGGAUAUCCUUAUGUAGUCGGGCGUUGAGUAAUGAAGAACAUUAUUCUGUGUUGGGCAGGUUUAAAUUACGUGUGACUGCUACAGAUUUCUCGACGGCGAAAAACAUGGAUGAUAAGAAAGUUGUGGUGGCUUUAUUGAUGCGGGCAAGUACCUUUGUAUCGCAAUGGUGUGCCUUGGAUGAGCAGCGAGCCCAUGUGAGUAGCAAACGGUUAGAAGAAUAUGCGGCUCAAAAAACUAUGUCCCAGGAAGCAGUGAUGCAAGAGACUGUGAAUCCCCUCGAAGUCACCUCCUCCGCAUACCGAGAAGCCUUCUCGCAGAUCAUUCUAAGCCCUAUGAUUGAGGCAUUAGAGGCAGUCGACCCCAUUGGAGCGUUCGAGAAUGUAUUUAGUACUACCCUCAGUCCAGAAGCCGUUGACCUCCGACUACACCCUUCCAAAAUCCAGGUGGCUGGAACUGAACUUCCCAUAAGAAUAUGGGCAGCCGCUGUGAAUACAAUCCAUCCGAAAGAGUUCAUCGAAAAUUGCACUCAAAUAAACACAUGGCAAUCAGAAAAAGAGUGGGCAGCAUGCCCAAACAUCUCACUUGGGAAUGUUAACGCUUCGGCAUAA